AUGUUCUCUCAUAUUCAAUUUAGACCUGGCUAUCCAGAAAUCUCAUGUCAAAAUAAACAAUUUUCAGUUAUACCAAAAUUAAAUAUUUUUAUUGAAGGAUCAUCGAAUGUCCAAUUUUAUCCUGGCAUUGAACCAAAGCCAGAUGAAAUACGAUUUGAGAAACAUCGUAUAUCAGCUGCUAACAAUUCUGAAUUGUUAACAUUAUUAGAUUCAGGUUGUAUUAAAACAGUAGUUUUGAUUGGUUUAACUACGUCCCGGUGUUAUUUUAUCGACUCCACGACAAUUGACUGA